AUGCAACAUAGCCAUUUCGUUCUACUAAAUGUCAGCACUAAUUCAACGACCAAUACAACAAGCUCAUGUCCAGAAGUGGAUCCUUCCGGACUGCAAUACAUUAAAUGGAUUUAUAUAAUUUUCGGAGAAUGUGUUCACUCGAGUUGGGAGCAAGCAUCCUUCUAUGUAGGAAUGGCUAGCCUUUUCUUUUGGAUGAUUGCAUUGUUUCCUCAAAUUAUUGCAAAUUUUAGAAAUAAGAGUGCUUCUUCAUUAGCUCUUGGAUAUUUAAUUCAGUCUACUCUCGGAGACUCGUGCAAUUUUAUCGCGUGCAUCUUGUCGGGCCAAUUAAUGACUCAAAUUUUUGUUGCUGGAUAUUUUGUGUUGAUUGAUAUUGUUGUGAUUGGACAAUAUAUUUUCUACAAAUUGAGAAAAUCUAAAAUUUUCCAAAAGAAGAAGCAACAACUAGAUACCUCGAAAAAGCAAAAUGACAUUGAAAUGGACCAUGUAUUCUUUCAUGAGGAAAAUGAUAUUGCUUCCAUUCAACGAAAUAGUGUGGAUGAAAAUCAAUUUAUCAUGCACGACGAUGAACAUUUUAAUCAUGAUGACGAACAACACCAUGUCUCAUUACUGCCAAAUAGUAGUUCAAGUGCUUCUCAAACAAAACUGAAAGCAUCUUCACUGGCUGCUCUACUCUCCGUUGUGAUUGUUGUUUCGUUAUAUGUCUUUUUCAAUAAUCAUUACCAUCAUGACAUGAUUGAAACAAGGUCUUCAAGUGGAAGAAAGUUACUGAGCUUGCAUGAGGAUAUUACCUCAGACCCUCCCAUGCCAAAACACAAUGAUUUUGUGUUCCCACCAAAUAAUGCCUUGUCCAUUAUUGGUUUCAUUAUUGGAUGCAUUUGCUCAAUCAUGUACAUUGGUUCUCGAAUUCCUCAACUCUACAAGAACUUUAAAUCCAAAGACACUGAAGGUCUUUCUCGAAUUUUCUUUUCCCUUGCAAUCACGGGAAAUAUUUGUUAUGCCACAUCCAUUUGGCUCUUUUCAUUGGAUGGACAAUAUUUAUUGACAAGAAUACCAUGGCUUUUAGAAACUCAUGUCAAUGUGGUUCUGGACUCGAUAAUUCUCGCUCAAAUAUUCUAUUACCAUCGACAUCGAAAAGUGCCAAGGGAUGACUCUGUUUCGAGUGAUGAAAUGCAGCAUAAGGACUCACUCAGUGUGGAACACAGCAACGAUUCGAAUUCUGUGGACUCUGCCAAUCGAUCUUCCCUAGAUUCAUCUGAAAUGAAACUCGUUACAACAACCACAAGCAGCAUUUCCAACAAUUAA